GCAGACAGUGACAUCAUUACUCAAUCUAGAUGGCACUAAACCAGACGGGCUAGCAGCAGAGCAUUGUUCAUGUGAAGGGCUCUCCCUUUAUCCACAACUGCAGAUUGCUACAACACAGACAAAAGUGUCUUGAUUUUUCCUUCUUUAGCGAGUAUCAGACAUGGAUGGUUUCCAAACAAUCCUGAAAUUCUUUAUGAACCAGAAAACUGCUAUUGGUUACAGUUUCAUGGCUCUGCUGACAGUGGGAGGUGAACGUGUAUUUUCUCUUGUUGCUUUCAGAUGUCCCUGCAGCAAUGAAAACUUCAGGUAUGGUUUGGUAUUUCUCUUUGCCCCAGCUUUUGUUUUGCUAGUUAUUGGAUAUUUCUUGAAUAGUAAGACAUGGAAACUCUUUACAGGCUGCUGGGUGAAUCCCAGGAAAAUAUUCCCAAAAGGGAAUAUCUGCCAUUUUUUUAAUGUCUUUGGACGUAUCACUUUAAAUGCUCUGGUAGCCCCAGUAAUGUGGCUCUCUGUGGCUUUGCUCAACGGGACUUUCUAUGAAUGUGCCAUGAGUGGCUUGAAAAACCCUGACUACUUACAUGCAGUUUGUCACAACAAAUCUGUCAAGUGCUUUGAAGAGCUACACAAGGUAGCCUGUGGCAAAAGCACCAUGUCCUUUCCAGAGAGUGAGGAACUCAAGCUAACUCUUCAGGCGCAGUCCCAGAUUUUAGGCUGGUGUGUGAUAGUUACCACAGCUUUUCUGUCCCUGCUAACUACAUGCUGUGCCAGCUGCCAGUCCAAAGUCAGCCACCUCCAGCUGAAGUUCUGGAGGACGUACAUGGAGAAAGAGAAGGAGCAACUGGAACAGAUUUUCCAGCUGUAUGCCACCAAGCUGAGCGAACGAAACCUGAAGAGCUUUUUUGAGAACACGGAACCAGAAGCUGUUCCCCUGCCAGCUUUUCAGGCAUGGGAGGAUGCUUCCCAGCUCUACUCUUUCAAUAGUAGUGAACAACAUUAUAGCACAAUUCAUAGGCUGGUUGAGCAAGGCCAGAAGGAAAUAAGUGAGGAAAGAGAGACAGUGCUGGACUUUGUAGACAGAAGGGAAAUACCAUAGAUCAUAUCAAUUUUCAGCCUUUUUAUAAUGUCUUGCUAAUGUAGAUGUUUUCUAGAUGUUUCUAGAUGUUCUAGUCUCUGGUUCACAAUGGCAUUUUUCUUGUUUGCUUUCUACUCCAAUUACAUGCUUGCUCCAAAAAAAAUGGAAUGAAAUUAUUUCUCUGCAUCAGUGAGAAUGGUCUAGUCCUCAAUGUCUCCAAAAGCUCAUGCUCUGUGAGCACUGGCUCUGGAUCAAGAACUGAUCCAAACAAGACAGCACUGACAGAAAAAAUGGAUUUAACAAAUUCCUAUGUAAAACAUAUAGCAUGCCUGUCCUAUGUAAACCAAGAGACUAUCAUAAAGUAAUACCAUUUAAAAAUGCAUGUAUAUAAUAAUAGAAGAGAUGUGUUACUUUUUCACAGUCCACAGAAAGUAAAGGUUUUGCUUUCAGGUCAUUUCUCAGGGCACAGCAUCAAUCUGAGGUACUGCAGUCACUCGAGGUAACUGUGUGCCUUCAGUCUCCUGUUGCACCUAUAACACCAUGGAUGGUUACAUCCAUCGGCCCUGGCCUUCUAGUCCCUGACACAUUCACAUGGGACAGUUGCCUCAGUUGACAGUGAGGUGCCAGGUAAUUUCUUGGAGUGGGCAAAUCCUACAGUCUUAUAGUGUAUAAAGAACUGGAGAUUCCCAAACAGUUUAAUUUUUCUGGUUUUGUAAAAAUAUAAGAUGUUAUUUUAAAACAUAAUCAGAGUAGUUGUUAAUGCUUUGUUGCAAUAAUGAAAAUGUAUCGCUGAUAUUUUGCCUCCACGGACUAGUUGGUAUUAGCUUCUCCUCCUGAAAAUCUGGGAAUAAAGUAUAAAGCUCUCAUUUCUGGUGGAUUUUGGACACUGGGCGCAGCCUGUAAAACUGCAGAAUACUGUUGGUACUGGGCCUGCAGCCAGCAUAAGACAGAGAGGCUGGAAGGAAAUUCCACAUCUUAAGAUGACAAAGAAAAUAUUUUUGCGGCGGGCUGAUUUUAUUUUUCUUAAUGUCUUUGGAAAACUAGAAUGUCUCUGGGCAAGAGGAAUUAGCAGGCAAGGCAGGUGAGAUGACUGCAGCAUCAGAAUUUCUGGUAAACACAUUUUAUCCUUGAGCUUUAUGUUUUACCUCAUGCAUUUGGAAUUCACGACGCAGCUCUCAUAUGGGGUGUCCAGAAUCUUUGUAAACAUUGUAUAAAUGGGGAACAAAGUUUCUGACAAGCUUCUUUCCCAGGAGUGACUGGCAGGCUUUUAUGCAGCAUUUUAUUUCCAGUCUCCCUGAGUCUGCAAAGAAUCACAUUUCUGCACAGCUCAAAUCAGACCCUUAUCAACAAACUAAUGUAAUCUAUGCAGCUGUUAUGUUUUCAUGGCUCAUACUCACUGUGCUCAGUGGAAGGAAAAAAUUGUCUCCAUUUGCAGUUCAUUACUCUUUUUCUUUUAAUAAAAUACAAGAACUAAUUCCAUUAUCUGCUUAGAAUUUUCUCCAUGUGCUUUGAAGAACAUGUGGUCUUUAAGCAGAUGUUAUAUUAAUGUAUUUUAUAACAGCUGCCCCACUUUGCAGCACACUUAAAAUACGUUAUCUUUUUAUGUCCAAAUUUACUUACUGCAGCUGAAACCACAGAGGCAACACUGUCAAAAUGAAAAUCACAACGGCAGGCAUGUCUGACACCAAUAAGUCAGACCUGCAGGUGGCCACAUAAUCGGACAAUUUCACUUUGCUAAACAUUCAUGAUAGCAAAUGGCCAAAGCAUUCGGGAAGCUCUGCUUACACAACGGAUUAUGUAAUCUAUUGGAAGGAUGCUGUGCAGAAAAGUCCUUUAUAUCAUGGAUCUUCCAGUCUCACUCAGAAAGCUAUUGACAACCCAAUCUUUAUUAGCAUAGCAACUUCCUGUUCAAUUUGACUUCUGUUUGCAUAUUUUCUCCUGACAUUCAUACAGUCAGUUUUUGCCUGCCAGACUGUCUAUUAAAAGAAUAAAUUGCAA